AUGUCUCCUCCUCACGCUUCCAAGUCUCAGGAAGACAAGAAUAAAGACAAGGCACCCAAAGGCAGCAGCGGCGGCAUUGGAGGCAAGCUUGCUAGCAAGGUGAGCAAGAUCUUCAAAGGGAAGACAACGACACCAGAGCCAAAGGUAUGAAUUACCAACAUUGCAUGAAAGGUCUAACGCACUAAGACUAACCACCACUUGUAGGUACCCGCGAAAGGCAAAAAGGCAUCCUCCUUCAGUAAAAUUCUAGUACCAUCUCCUCUAAUUCCAAGAGAAAUUUCCUCGAAGAUCUCCAAAUAUCAGAUAAUCGGUAGAGAAUCUGGUCAGAGGAAAACCCGAGGACAAAUUACAUCAACUACUAAGGCAACUGUUGGAAAUUCUCAAGCAACACCAAUCUUGGCUACUGAGCCUAACGUCUUGAAGGGACAAGCACCUUCAAAUUCGGCCAAGGCUAUACAACACAGCAACAAUGGCCAAAAAAUUGUGAGUCUUGUCUUUCUUUACAACAAAUAAUUAAUGAAAACCAAAUACUGAUAAAGCAUCUCUAGCUACCACCUUCAGCACCAAAAUCACGCAUUGGUAAUGCCCUUAGUCCAAAGAAAUGGGACUACAACAACUCACACCAACCAGGAAAAAGCCCUGGUGUCUUGCCAAAGGCUACUGAAGUAUUUAGUAGAAUGGAACCUACGUUGUGGGACAAAGCAAGGGAUCUACAGGCAACAGAUGAGGGUCAUCAAGCAGGCUUUGCGAAUGCCACUUCAACCGGAAAAGAUUCGCACAUUUCAAGACGCGAGCGUGCUAGUAGUCCUCGCCCGCUCACCGCUGCAGAUUUGGCAUCAUUGGCUGCUGAUAAAGCCAAGUUCAAGGAUGAGGAGUUAGCAGCAAAGCGGCAAUAUGUCAAUGAACGCCCGGGAGGUGGUUGGGACCAUCAAGAUUAUGAGGAGGUCUAUCCUGAGCGUAAAGUAGUAGCUGCUCAUACUGCGGUCAAUGAUAGACCGGAAGAUCCUGAGACUGAAGAAGUAUCCGAAUCUCACGAUGCUUCAAUCGAUGAGGAGAUCCCAGCCGUGGUUCCUGCUGCUCAGCCGGCCAGGGCUUCACGUCCAAGUUUGGUUGCGAAGGGCAAGAAGCUUGAUAAGGGAAAAGGAAAAGUGGGUCUAUAGUCUUCCAAUAUAGUUAUUAUUAAUAGACCAAAUACUAAUUAAUAUUCUCUACCAGGCCAUUGACGAAGAUGAAAAAGAUCAGAGUAGCAGUAGUGACGUCGACUUCAACCAUCAGGUGCUAGCUGCAGAUGAUGGAGCGGGAUAUCCUGUUAUAGCUUCAGGAAGUAAUGCCAGAAGCGUAAGUCCUCCCUUUUACUUGUUUGGUUUCAGUUGAAUGACCUUCUGAAAUUUUUGAUUAUCAUACUAACUUAUCCCAAGGAGCUUUUAUUUGGCCCACCGGGUCCUAUUGAGAAAGAGGUUAAGAAAAUGCCCUCUGGUCACAAGGCUGUUUUUGGAGGAACACACCACCGCGAUAACGUCCCAGUUGGGACUCCGCAGCCCAGUGCUUUAAAUAUUGUGAUUCGCAGUGAGAAGCGAAAUCCAAACGACCCAAAUGUGGUAAUUGCCCGGGCCAAGAUUAUCCAUCAAUUUACCGACAAGGUAGAUUGGAACGAUAAAGAAUCCGUCAGGAAGCUCAACAAGUGGCGUGGACAAAUCUUUGAACGAGCUUUCGGAUCAAAGCUCCCAAGGAGAUGGAAGUACACUGUUGGUGAGAUGAACGCCCUAUGCGACAUUCUCGAAGCACACCUUGUUACAUCAGAAGUGGGCGGUCUGAUGACAAAUGUUGAUUGGAAGUUGGUAACAACUCAAUACAACGAUCGCUUUGAAGAUGUCAAACAGAGCGCUGGAGAGUUCUAUGCCAGUACUAGUUGUGGUGAUAAUGGAGAGAAAAGAUCUGUCCCUGACGAUAAGUUGAAGGAGAGCCGCCAAGCCCCUGUUAGAUCUUUGGUAGGAUUGAGAAAUCAAUUAUAUCACUUUAAAGACCAGCGAGUAAUCGACCUCGUAAAACGCGCGAAGGGUAUUAAACAAGAGGUCGAGCCGGGGGCUGAUGUCGAAAACAAGCAGACAGCUACCCCCAGCAAGGGGUCGUCUUCUGAUUCUGGAAGAAAGAUCAAGAAGCUCAUCCUCAAGAUUGGGGACCGCCGCGUAAUUCUCGGUGGUAAUAGAGCCAGCGGUGAGAACUAUGCAGAUAAUGAGGAUAGUCCGCCCACUGAACAGGCAAAGUCGGAUAAUCCCCCCCGCCUUCGUGGUGGCAAUGGUGGCCUUUUGGACGGCCAUGAUACAAAUAACACAGAUGAAUCUGUGACUGGAACUGAUCGUCAAGGUAGUGAGUUCGAAUUCCCUGCUAGCUCACCACUCCGCCAAGUUCCCGAUAAUGCAAGUUCGACUACUCACGCCGCUCAAGCUAUAGUGAACACCAAACAGCUUUACGAUCAUAAUGAAACAGCAAAUAAUGCCAGUCCUCCUUCGAUUGUAGAUCAGCUUGUUUCUACCUCGAAGAACAAGAAGAGAUCGAGGGAGGUUGAUAGGAACAAUGGAAGUGACGGCGAUGACGAAGGGAGCUCAUCGCAAAAGAAGGCCAGGAUUGAUAGAAGCCUUCCUCGGGAUCCUCGACUUCCACCUGUCAACGCACAGGGUCGUCACCCCCUUCCCAAUUCACCAAUCCCCGGUUUAUAUCCAGAACCUUUGAAAUCAAACCACAAGAAGAGAUCGAGGGACGACGACCAAGUUGAUGGUGGCAACAGCCAGCGGGACGAAUCAGCAAAGAAGCUCAAAGUACAGAAUGCACAAGGCGCCAGCCUAUUUCCGGAAUCUCCAAAUCAACCAGCUUGGGACGUGGUAAACUCAUUACCUCGUCCUCGCACUGCAGCAAGAAAUCGAGCAAAAACCACCAAGGGUGUUCGAACCACUGCUCGACUUCCAGCCCUAGACGACAAUUUCCAGGAUUAGUAGUUAGCUCUGGCGUAGUUUGUUUAUAAAAUGGUUUCCCUUACAACGCAGU